GAGGAAUGUUGAGCAAUAUAUACACAAGAGUCGCCUGCACACAGUGCAUACACGGUUCAUUGUCUCAGGGUCUGAUUUGUUGAAAAAUGCGAUCUUCAAUCCGAGUGACGGUUGUUGUGGGCUCUCUGGCCACCAUUGCUAACGCGCAAGGUCAACCGGAUGGUUACGGCAAAGUGCCAUACGAUUAUGUCAAUCCGCUCAUCGGAACUAUAAACGGAGGUCAUGUCUUUCCCGGUGCCACACUUCCGUUUGGAAUGGCCAAAGCCGGGGCUGAUGUGCUUGGCGGUGAGAAUCAAGGAGGAUAUGCGUCAAAUGACUCCCCUAUAUAUGGUUUCUCACACAUGCACGACAGCGGAACCGGUGGUUCUGCAUCACUCGGCAACUUCCCCAUCUUUCCGCAGUCUGGAUGCCCCAACGAUGAUAUCAAUGCUUGCAAGUAUGCUACAUGGGAGCGCGCGACAGUUCGGCAGCAAGAAAGCGUGAACGCACGUCCAGGGUAUUUCGACAUCACCUUGGACUCUGGCAUAAGAACUGAGAUGACAGUCACGAAUCACACAGCUUUGUACAGAUUCACAUUCCCGGAGACACCUGCAACAGCAAAUACUACACUGAAUCCACACAUACUAGUCGAGCUCAGUGAUCUUCCAAAGACUAGAAGUGAGGCCAAUAUAACUGUCGAUCCCAGCACUGGACGUAUCACCGGCGGCGGAAGGUUCUCACCCUCUUUUGGGAGUGGGACCUAUAAAUCAUACUUCUGUCUUGAUUUUGAUGGCGCAACAGUCAAAAGUGCAGGCGUAUGGUCAAACUCACGUGCUUCCACAGAAGACCGAAUCCUCACUAUUAAGCCCGGAGAUGAGCGUCAGACACCGAGUAGCACACCUGGAGGCGGCUGGGUUCAAUUCGAGAGACCAGGGGUAAACAACCAGAUGCUAGCCAGAGUUGGCAUGAGCUUCAUCAGCGAAGCCCAAGCCUGUGCCAACGCUGAGAGGGAGGUUGCAACAAACAGCUUUGAUGGCUAUCUGGCUGCUGCUGAGACCGCCUGGAAAGAUAAGCUCUCUGUGAUUGCUCUGAAAGAUGGUGGUGUAUCUAAAGUCCUACUCAAAGCCUUCUGGAGUGGAGUCUAUCGCACCUUAAUUUCGCCGCAGGAUUACACGGACGAGAAUCCAUACUGGAAUGAUGGCGAGCCAUACUAUGAUUCCUACUACUGCAUUUGGGACUCUUUCAGGAGCAUACACCCCCUCAUCACUAUCCUCGAUCCGCACAGUCAGACGUUGAUGGUCAGGAGUUUGCUGAGUAUCUACAAAAACACGGGCUACCUUCCUGACUGCAGGAUGAGCCUUUGCAAGGGCGGCUCCAACGCCGACAUCGUCAUCGUAGACGCAUAUCUGAAGAACAUCACAGCCGGGAUCGACUGGGCAGUUGCCUAUGAAGCCAUAGUCAAGGAUGCCGAGGUCGAGCCUGCAGACUGGAAUGUUGAAGGUCGUGGCGGCCUCGCCUCGUGGAAGAGUCUAGGCUACAUUCCCACUGAAAACCUCGACACCGACGGAAAUGGUCUUGAAACCCGCUCGAUCUCGCGCACAGUCGAGUACGCGUACAACGACUUCGCCAUCAGCACGCUUGCACGCGCGCUUGGCCAUGAAGAAGAUGCUGCUAAGUACCUCUCCCGCAGCGGGAACUGGGCAAACAUGUUCAACCCAGAUCAGCGCAGUGCUUGGAAAGGCGUUGAUACGGGGUUCCAGGGCUUUCUCCAGCCGCGCUACAUGAAUGGCACGUUUGGAUUCCAGGACCCUAUUUACUGCUCCCCGCUCCUCAAACCCACGGGCUGCUACCUCAAUCCCUCCGGUGGAGAGACAUACGAAGGACCCGUUUGGCUAUACACUUUCUUCGUGCCUGGCGACAUGGCGACCCUAAUCGCCACACUUGGCGGCACCGACACUUUCAUCAGGCGCCUAGACUGGCUGCAUGAGAGCGGGGUGCUAUACCUCGGCAACGAGCCCUCAUUCCUCAACCUAUUCCUCUACCACUACGCCGGCAAGCCAGGCAAGAGCGCAGAGCGCGCACACCAGUACAUCCCCAGCCAAUUCAACGACACCAUCUCCGGCAUCCCGGGAAACGACGACUCAGGCGCCAUGGGCUCGUUCCAGGCCCUGGUCAUAAUGGGUCUGUAUCCAAACGCGGGGCAGGAUGUGUAUUUCAUCAUCCCGCCGUUCUUCGAGGAGGUCAGUGUGAGAAACCAGCAGACGGGCAACACGGCCACGAUUCGCAACGUCAACUUCGAUACUGCGUAUGCGAAUAUUCACAUUCAGAGUGCGACGCUAAAUGGGGUCCCGUAUACGAGGAAUUGGAUCACGCACAGCUUCUUCCUUGAGGGGGGCGUGUUGGAGUUAACUCUGGGACCGCAGGAGAGUGAGUGGGGCACCAGGCCGGAGGAUGUGCCGCCUAGCCUGGGGCCGUUUGGGAGUGCAAUGAAGAGAGGUGAUGCAGAGACAACGUGGUAAAGGCCGAGGUGUGGAUGGAUACGGACGUUGAA